GGGUCUUUUGGGCUCGCCUCCGGGUGGCUUCUUGGUUUCCUUCAGGCGAGGGAUGGAGCACAUCAGAACCCCGAAGGUUGAAAAUGUUCGCAUGCUGGAUCGCGUAUCAUCAAAGAAGGCAUCAGUUGGUUCACUAUAUCUGACAGCAACACAUUUGAUUUUUGUGGAGAAUUUGUCUGACUCUCGGAAAGAAACAUGGAUACUUCACAGUCAGAUUUGUGCUGUGGAAAAGCAAGCAACUACUGCAACAGGCUGUCCCCUGCUUAUUCGCUGCAAGAACUUCCAGGUUAUCCAGUUUAUCAUUUCACAAGAAAGAGACUGCCAUGAUAUUUACAUUUCAUUAAUUCGUUUAUCACGUCCAGUUAAGUAUGAAGAAUUAUAUUGCUUCUCGUUUAACCCGAAACAAGAAGGGAAUGAAAGAGAACGCGGCUGGAAUCUUACUGAUCUCAAGGCUGAAUACAAACGUAUGGGUGUUCCUAAUAACUUAUGGCAAGUUUCACAUGCAAAUAGAGACUAUGGGGUUUGUGACACAUACCCUACAGAGUUGUAUGUACCAAAGUCAGUUUCGACACCAGUUAUAGUCGGCAGUUCCAAAUUCAGGAGCAGAGGUCGCUUUCCUGUUCUCUGUUAUUUUUGCCAGGACAACAAUGCUGCUAUUUGUAGAAGCAGUCAACCUCUAUCUGGUUUCAGUGCUCGUUGCCUUGAAGAUGAACAGAUGCUUCAGGCCAUCAGGAAGUCAAAUCCCGGAAGUGAUUUCUUAUAUGUUGUUGAUACUCGACCAAAGUUAAAUGCAAUGGCAAAUCGAGCAGCAGGAAAAGGAUAUGAAAAUGAAGACAACUAUUCAAACAUUAAGUUCCAUUUUAUAGGGAUAGAAAACAUCCAUGUCAUGAGAAAUAGUCUGCAAAAACUACUGGAUGUCUGUGAGCUUCGAUCUCCUUCUAUGAGCGACUUUUUAUGGGGUUUGGAGAAUUCCGGCUGGUUGAAGCAUAUUAAAGCCAUUAUGGAUGCUGGAAUAUUUAUUGCGAAAGCAGUUGCUGAGGAAGCAGCCAGUGUUUUAGUUCACUGCUCAGAUGGUUGGGAUAGGACAGCACAGGUUUGCUCCAUAGCAGGCCUGCUACUUGACCCAUUUUACAGAACCUUAAAGGGAUUCAUGGUUUUAAUUGAAAAAGAUUGGGUUUCUUUUGGACACAAGUUUAAUCACAGAUACAGUCACUUGGAUGGUGAUCCCAGGGAAGUUUCACCGGUGAUUGAUCAGUUUUUUGACUGUGUCUGGCAGCUGAUGGAACAAUUUCCAUGCGCCUUUGAGUUCAAUGAAAGAUUUCUGGUGCACAUUCAUCAUCAUAUCUACUCUUGUCAAUUUGGCAACUUUAUUUGUAACAGCAAUAAAGAGAGCAAAGAACUAAGAAUUCAGGAGAAAACUCAGUCACUAUGGCCUCAUCUAUGGAAAAACGGUGUCGAUUACAAGAAUCCCCUCUACAGGCAAAACCAUAGUCAGACUCAGGGAGUUCUGAGACCGCACACAGCUCCAUCUAACUUCAGGUUUUGGAGAAGCAUGUACAAUAGAUUUGAAAAAGGUAUGCAUCCUCGACAGUCUGUUACAGAAUUCUUGAUGGCUGUGAAGGAGGAAACCCAGCAGCUGGAAGAUGAACUUGAAAUACUGGAGGAGAAGUUAGGAAGACUGGAUCAAUCUCAUCUGAGAAACAGAAAAGUAGAAAUCAAACUGCCUCACAAACUGGAAAUUUCCACUUCUGAUCAAUGUUUAGCUAACACUCCUCAGGAUUACACUGACAACGGGAAACCAUUUACUUCUUGUAGCCCUUCACAGGCAGAUGAAGAUUCAGAAACUACAAUUCUGACACAUGAUAUGAAGCAUUCAGACACUGAUCUUUCUGGCAAUAGUGACCAGGAGUCAGGUGUUGCUGACUUGAACUGCAGAUCACCAAGUGGUGGAGACUUCCUGUCUAGUGAUGACAACAAAAAUCUGUCAGCAUACUCUGAAGAACUUGCCUUUGCUGUUGCAUGAGAAUCUAGUGAUACCUGCUAUAAUUCAACAUGGGAACAAAUUUUAUAUUAAAUUAUAUACUGGUAA